AUGAAGGACAUUGUAGUGAAAUUGAAGGUUGAAGCUAAACUGGAGAGACUGGUAAAGGCUGGAGUUCUGCGACCAGCACACAUGAGUGACUGGGCUGCACCAAUUGUACCGGUCAUAAAGAAGGAUGGGUCCCUUCGAUUAUGCAGAGAUUUUAAGGUGACUGUUGUAAAUCUGGUUCUGAUCCCAGAGCAGUACCCCCUGCCACUUAUAGAGGAUCUCUUUUCCAGUCUGGCUGGGGGCCAACGGUUCAGUAAAACAGAUUUGUGCCAGGCCUACUUGCAGAUAUGUGUGGACCCAAGCUCUCAAGAUCUCCUUACCAUCGUGACACAUAAGGGAAUGUAUCAAUAUCAGAGACUUCCAUUUGGGAUUACCUCAGCGUCGACACUGUUCCAAAGAGCAAUGGACUGGAUCCUCAUUGGACUGACAGUGCAGUGUUACCUUGAUGAUUUGCUGAUCACUGGAAAGGAUGAGCAAGAACAUUUGAGUAACCUGGAAGCCACCUUGAGGAGACUGCAGAGUUUUGGACUGGAAGUCAGGAAGGACAGGUGUGAGUUUUUCUGCCCUGCUGUGGAGUAUUUGGGCCAUGUGAUUGAUGGUUCGGGGCUGCAUAAGGCACCCUCGAAGGUGAAGGCGAUAGUGGAAGCACCAGCUGCAACCCUCACUCAUUUCAACCCCGCCCUGCCAGUGCAGCUAGCAUGUGACGCAUCGCCCUAUGGUGUGGGGGCGGAUGUGUCACACAUCAUGCCAUCGGGUGAGGAAAAACAAUGCAUUGCAUCGCAUCACGAACUUUGA